GGGGGCCCCAAAUUCAAAUACAUUGGCCAGGGAGACAGAGUUCAGAGUUGCUCUUUGUUCAAGCCCUAGAAAAAACUCAUCAUCAUCUUUCAUAUGUCAUUUCGGAGUAACGCUCUGUCUCUCUAGAACUUUCCCAAUCUGUCUCUCUCUGUCUGUAUUAAAUUUCUCUCAGAAACAUAGUCCUGCUGUUCGUGUUCGUAAGUUUUGCUGAUUGCUUCAUUUGGUUCCGUCUGCUCGGAUCUCAGUGCUCCCUCGAUAAAUUCUCGCGUUUUGGGAUUUCCAGAAGUAUUGUAUCUGGCAGCUGCUGCAUACUGUUUAACGUCACGUCCACAGAGAGUUUGAUUCUACAGCCUCUUGUGUGAGAGGCCUAGUUUCACACUUCUGCUUGGUGUUCUUCGUAGUUCAACUUUUGUGGAGUAGAGCAAAAGGGUUAAAACAUAAUAAUGACGGUCAGAACACCAGGAACACCAGCUUCAAAGAUAGAUAGGACACCAGCAUCAACUCCAGGAGGGCAAAGAACUAGGGAAGAAAAGAUUGUAGUUACAGUACGGUUAAGGCCGUUAAACAAAAGGGAGCUCUUAGCCAAAGACCAAGUGGCAUGGGAGUGCAUCGAUGAUCAUACAAUUGUGCACAAACCCCCACCUCAGGAUCGAUCAGCUCAACCAGCCUCAUUCAUUUUUGAUAAAGUUUUUGGUCCUGCGAGUCUAACUGAUACAGUAUAUGAGGAAGGAGUAAAGAACGUUGCAUUGUCUGCUUUGAUGGGUAUCAAUGCAACCAUAUUUGCAUAUGGACAAACUAGCAGUGGUAAGACAUACACAAUGAGAGGAAUAACAGAGAAAGCUGUUAAUGAUAUCUACAGGCAUAUAAUGAAUAACCCCGAGAGAGAUUUCACAAUAAAAAUUUCUGGACUUGAAAUAUAUAAUGAAAAUGUAAGAGACCUGCUAAAUUCAGAAUCUGAUCGCAAUCUGAAGCUGUUGGAUGAUCCAGAGAAAGGUACUAUGGUUGAGAAGUUGGUAGAGGAAAUAGCAACUGAUGAUCAACACUUGAGGCAAUUGAUCAGUAUUUGUGAGGCUCAAAGGCAAGUUGGUGAAACUGCACUUAAUGAUAACAGCUCUCGGUCACACCAGAUAAUAAGGCUGACAAUUCAAAGUAGUCUCCGUGAAAAUUCUGAUUGUGUGAGGUCUUUCGUUGCAAGCUUGAAUUUUGUUGAUCUGGCUGGGAGUGAAAGAGCUUCACAGACACAUGCAGAUGGUGCUAGGCUCAGGGAAGGAUGCCAUAUUAACCUUAGCUUGAUGACACUUACCACAGUAAUCAGAAAGCUCAGCAUUGGUAAAAGAACUGGUCAUAUACCCUAUAGAGACUCAAAGCUCACUCGCAUAUUGCAGCACUCACUUGGUGGAAAUGCACGCACUGCCAUCAUAUGUACUUUGAGUCCAGCGCUGACUCAUGUUGAACAAUCUCGAAACACACUCUUCUUUGCCACACGGGCGAAGGAAGUGACAAAUAAUGCACAAGUAAACAUGGUUGUUUCAGACAAGCAGCUAGUGAAACAUUUACAGAAGGAAGUAGCCAGGCUGGAAGCAGAACUGCGCACUCCUGAUCCAUCAAAAGAAAGAGAUUUCAAAAUUCAGCAGAUGGAGAUGGAAAUUGAAGAUUUGAAACGCCAAAGAGAUCUUGCACAAUCUCAGGUGGACGAAUUACGCAAGAAACUUCAGGAGGACCAGCAGAGUUCAAAUCCAUUUGAAUCACCCCGUCCAUCAGUGAAGAAGUGUCUUUCCUACACUGGUGCACUAUCACCAAAAGUUGAAGCCAAGGACAUAGGCUGUGGUGAUAAAGUAAGAAGUAUGAUGUUAAGGCAGUCAAUGAGGCAAUCAUCAACUGCUCCAUUCACGCUUAUGCAUGAAAUACGAAAACUAGAACAUCUCCAGGAGCAGCUUGGAGAAGAAGCAAAUCGUGCACUGGAAGUACUACAAAAGGAAGUGGCUUGUCAUAGACAGGGUAACCAGGAUGCAGCAGAAACAAUUGCCAAGCUGCAAGCAGAAAUAAGGGAAAUGUGUGCUGUGCGUUCUGCACCAAAAGAAGUUGAAGUCGGAGGCUUAGUUGCUCCUAAUAAGAGUGUCAGUGCUAAUCUGAAGGAAGAAAUCACGAGACUUCAUUCACAGGGCAGCAGCAUUGCCAACCUUGAGGAGCAGCUUGAAAGUGUUCAGAAGUCUAUAGACAAAUUGGUAUUGUCACUUCCAAGCAAGUAUCACCAGUAUAACAGUGAAUCAUCACCUAAGAAGGAAUCAAAAAAGAAGAAGUUACUUCCUUUGGGUUCGAGUAGUGUUACCAACCGAAAAAAUUUUAUAAGAUCUCCUUGCUCCCCUUUAUCUACUGCUGAGCAAGUUUUGGAUUCUGAUAUUGAAAAUAGAGCUCCUGAGCACGAUGAUAAUGUAUCCAUUGAGACUCUGACAGAGUCUGAAAAGGGGACACCAACGAAGAGUGAAGAAGGAGGAGAUGCCUCUUCUAAGGAAAACAACAACCCAGGCUAUAGGCGUUCUGGUUCAGUUAACAUGAAGAAAAUGCAGAAGAUGUUCCAAAAUGCAGCAGAAGAGAAUGUAAGAAGCAUACGAGCAUAUGUAACAGAACUGAAAGAACGUGUGGCCAAACUUCAAUACCAAAAACAGCUACUUGUUUGCCAGGUGCUGGAGCUUGAAGCAAAUGAAGCGGCUGGGUACAAUGUAGAGGAUGAAGAAAACACAUUUGAGCCAGUGGUGCCGCAGGUUUCAUGGCAAGUAACUUUUAGGGAACAAAGGCAGCAGAUAAUUGAGUUGUGGGAUGUGUGCCAUGUGUCCAUUAUUCAUCGGACACAGUUUUAUUUACUAUUCAAGGGGGAUCCAGCUGAUCAAAUUUACAUGGAAGUGGAGCUUAGGCGCUUGACAUGGUUGCAGCAGCACCUAGCAGAACUCGGGAAUGCAAGCCCAGCUCACAUAGGAGAUGAUCCCCCAAUUUCCCUGUCAUCAUGUAUUAAAGCAUUGAAGCGUGAAAGGGAGUUCCUGGCAAAGAGGUUGACCUCGCGUUUGACAUUUGAUGAGAGAGAUGCAUUGUACAUUAAAUGGGAUGUCCCAUUGGAUGGGAAGCAUAGGAGGAUACAAUUCCUAAACAAGCUUUGGACAGAUCCCCAUGAUGCUGAGCAUGUACAGGAGAGUGCUGAAAUAGUGGCAAAGCUUGUAGGCUUCUGUGAAGGUGGCAACAUUUCAAAGGAGAUGUUCGCGCUUAAUUUUGUGCAUCCAUCUGAUAAGAGGUCAUGGCUUAUGGGCUGGGAUCAAAUCUCAAACCUUCUUCACUUGUGAGAAAUUAAAUUCUUUAUCUCUCUUGUAAAUGAAUUUUGGAGCGUUCCUCCAAAAUGUCUAGUUAUUUCUCUUUAUCUGACUGAUUUUCCAUGCUGAGAGAUAUAUUUUUUUAAAUGUUCAUAUACGAGUAAAAGAAUCAAUUCAUAAGGCUUCCAUGUGUUGAACUUUCAAUAUAGAGGUCGUCUGGUUUUGGAA